AUGGCCAUAAACAUAGCACUAAAAUAUUUAGUUAUAUAUUUAUUGUCACUUUAUAGGUGGAACCCCGCGGAAUCCGCCGGUUCUGUUGACACUCUUGCCCAAAGUAUAGCCAGCAAGUACUCCACUCACUAUACUGUCGACAAUGGGUUCAAGAAGAAUUCUCAGGAAUCGAAGUACAAUGUACAGACUAUAGAGGAAGCUAAAGCCGGAUCGACGCGUUCCCACAGAUCUUAUCGCACAAAAAACAGUGAUUCGUUAGGUGAACAGACCUCAGAGGCAGAGUCACCCAAACGAGUACCUAAACAUCUGAAAUCAUUCCCUGAAGAGUAUAAACUAAAGCCCAGACCUUUAGUAUCGGCCAGUAGACCACAGCUAGAUCUAAUUGCUCUGGACGUUAAGGACAAGGUCAAUACUAACCAGGUUACGUAUUCUUAUGAUCAAGAUACGGACGUGGACAGGUUUCUCGUCAGGGAUGGCUACGCCCUUCGUAAGGUUACGAAGGGUGACUUCGUCAUCUGGGAAGCCGAAAAUAAUAUUUUCGGAUACGAAGUACUUAUAAUCCCGGAAGAUGGAGACAAAGUAUGCAGAGUUAACUUUAAAGAUUAUGCAAGUUUCCUACCGAAACCGCCUGAACAACCGGCUCCAAAACCGGCCUAUGCCGCGCCUCAAAUGCAACAUAAAUCUUCAACGAGUGGAAUUUCAGUCCCCUCAGACGGGCCUGGAUGUUAUCGCAACCAGUACCAUAUGGCUCUAGAUAUAAACGAGAAAUACAGCCUUGGACCAAUUUCUUACAAAAUGGACCCGGGCAAACACAUUGAAAUUUUUAUCAUAAAAGAGCCCUACUCUUUCUAUUUAAUUUUAAAGGGAACCAGGGUCCUGUGGCACUACACGGGCGGGGAUUUCCCGUGCGCGGCCCUACUGAAACGUGACAGCAAGGGGCGCCAAAAAUUAAAAGUGUUCUUUUCCAGGGACCUCUCGUUCGUAGGACUGCCCAAAGACGAGUUGGGUCAAUUCUCGGACACACUACCCGAGCCACAGCCUGAGGUCCCGAAGCCAGUUCCUCCGAAGGUCGAAAACCUUCCCCAAUAUACGCCGAUGAAUAAUUACGACGUACAAUAUACGCCGAUGAAUAAUUACGAUGUACAAUUUACGCUUAAUAUGCUCUCGGCGUCCGUAGACCCUCUGGCGUCAUCGCAGUAUGCAUACUACCCAACCCAGACCCUAAUUGAAGGGAGAGACUACAUAAACGUUGACAUGGCGCCACCCGGCCAACACAUAGGCCCUCAACCCAAGCCAGUCAUUGGGGAAGACAACCUCAUUCACACCAUAGAGAUCGACCUCAGUCCGAAGAAGACUCCUGAAGCCCCAGACACAUCCAGUAAGUCGGCUCCGGAGGAAGAUGGUGACGGUAUCGUCGUGGAUGACAGUAGGAAGCAGAAGGAGGAACCACUGCAUUCCGGCGACGACAAACCUAAAGCAAAGCGCGCGGGCCCACCGGUCGUAGAAACCGUGUACUCAGACGACGGAAUACAUGUUGUGGAUCCCAGAUCCCCAAUGGUACACUCAGUAUCUCCCGGAGAAGAGGUGAUUAUAGAGCGCCGUAGGCGUCCCACGUAUAUGCCAGUGUCAGCGGGUCAGGUUGCAUCCCCAUGCUACACAGGUAUCCCUCCACAACCGCAGAUGUUCCCUGGACCCCCAUGUCAGGGUCCACAGCUGUUCUGUGGACAGGCGCCUCAGGUGUCGCCCUCGGUACUCCCCCAGGUCCAAGUGGUAGAGUCCACUCCAUAUGGCAUGCCUAUGCCCAUGCCAACGCCAGGCCUCAGAGGAGCGGCCCGACAACCUCGCUUCCAACCAACGGAAGGGGGCUACUACGUUGACCAGAUUCCCAUCACACCUACUCCUACACCCUCAAAGACCGUACCUCCGCUGCGCAUCGAGGGCGCAGCCGAGAUUCAGGAGGUGUUUGAAGAUGAAGAGUUGGUAGAGGAGGUGUUCGAAAGCGAAUCGGACAAGGAGAAUGUCGACGUCGUGGUGGUUACUGCUCCCAAGGGCAAAAAGGUAACUCUGGAGGACAUAAAGGGCAAGGAAAAGGAGGCUAAGCAAGCACAAACCAAGGAAUCAAACGACCAGAAAGUAGCAGCGGUUCUCUCCAAGGCUCGUGCAGGCUGGGAUCAAGGAUCAAUUACUAAAUCGACGGAUGAUAAGACCAAAGAGACCACAGAGAAGCCCAAGGUAACUGUUGACAAGCCCAUGACAACGCCUCCUAAGCAAGAUGAUCAGGACAUAUUUAACCCUAUGUCUGAGCCCGUAUACUCCAGCAACGCACACUUGCCCCUCUCAUCUUUGACACGUCCGCGAAGAUCCAGUGUAUCAUCCGACACAGAUGUACCUUCGUCCGCGGUCCGUGUUACCAGCGCAUCUGGAACCGCAGUGCAGGGCCAAGGCGUAGCUGCCAGAGCGGAUUCAACCAGACAAUCUGUCAGGAAGUAUGUCAAGUUGCCGACUGGUACUGCACCGGGCACAACUGAUGCUGACAAGACUACUAAACCUGGUCCUGUGGCUACUCAGCCAGUUGAUCCUAGGACCCCUACACCCGGUCAGUCACCAGGCCUACAACCUGAACCAGCCCAAAAGUCCCAAUCAGAUUCAUCUGAAGAUUCAUCGGUGACUUACGAAGACGAUGACAUUUUUACCGAGUGGUACAGCUCAAUUUUUGACAGAAUUCCAUAUCCUAAAGAUGUCGAAAUCGCUCCACCUAAUUCAUAUUCAGGAGCACCGAUUGGCUACGAUGAUGACAUUUUUAGCUCUAUUUAUACUCCAAUAUAUACCCGUUCCAGCCCGUUGAGAAUACCCACAUCUACAGACUCAGAUUUAUAUGACAUUUUUAGUACUGUUUACGAACCUUUUGUCUCUGGAUCACGGCCAACGCGACCCACUGACCAAGACGAUAUAUUCAGCACCGUCUACGAACCAUAUUUUGGUCGAGUUAAGUCUCUCGUCGAGAAGCCACGUGAACCUGCUCAAGGACUUGUAAAUCCACUUCAAAGAACUGAGUCUCAAAAAGCUGCGGCGGCACAAGGACAAGCUACGGAUGAUGAUGAUAUUUUUAGCGAAUGGUACGUGCCAACCUUCUCUUCCGUCCCCUCUUCCACGACAAUUAACCUCGAAGAUUCUCAAGAAGGCAACCAAGCUACUAUAUCUGUAGGUGCUGGCACGACACCUGUCCCAUCAGUACAGGCUUCCAGUAAUCAGGCUACAUCCUCGAUCCUGACAUCCUCUACGCCACCAGGUGAUGGCUCGAGCAGUGUUGCUACAUCCAGUAAUUCAACAUCUCUUAAUCAGGGCACUAUUGGCACAUCCGACUCAGGUUCUGCAACAACACCUACUGACCAGACUGCUUCAUCGUCUUCAACUGCCACUGCGGAUUCAGAUUCCGAUUUUGAUAUUGAAGAUUCAUCUAAUUCACAACAGUCCCAAUUGAAAAUAUACACCUUAAAAUCUGACAAUACUAAGGCUGAGAACGACGCAACUCAAUACACAAUUGAGACCUUUGGAGUAACUAAAAAUAUGAAGGGGUAUACUUUCAACUCUGAUGUUAAGUGUGUUGAGGUUAAAUUUGAUACUAAACGUUGGGAAUAUGAUCCUAAUAUGCACAGUGGCAAAUAUCCCGAAAAGGUCAUUCACAACACUAGUAACAAUACUGUUGUUGUAGAUAUGGGUGAUAAUAUAAGGGUUACCUUGUGA